AUGGCGGCUUCGGAGGGGGCGUCGCUGUACGACGUGCUUGAUGUGGCGCCUUCCGCCACUGCGGAGGAAAUCCGGGCGGCUUAUCGCGCCAAAGCCCUGGCGAGCCACCCGGACAAGGCGGCGAUGGGUGGCGGCCGCGACGCCGGCUCGUUUCGCAGGGUGCAGGAGGCCUGGGAGACCCUGGGAGUUCCCCAAAAGCGCAUGGAGUACGACAGGCGGCAGCGAUCGUCGGAAGCGGCCUGCGCUGUGACUUGGCACGAUGAGCUGCCACUGGCGGCAAUGGACGUUGAUGAGGGCGAGGACGGUCAACGUGAAUUUUCAUAUCCUUGCCGCUGCGGAGACUUCUUUGAGAUAUCAGGAGUUGAGAUUGAAAGCAUCACAAAGACUUGGACUUCUGGGGCUGUUGUGGUGCCUUGCAGGACCUGCUCCUUGCAUAUCAGAGUCUUUUUACCUGAGUCCUGCACAGCUGAAACUGGUGCCUGA